AAAAAAACAGUGUAGUGCCCAAUGAUAUUGAACCCUACAAGUCCCUUGGCCGCCAGAAAAGGAAAAGGAACCUGAUUAAUAUACAAAGUACAAACCCAGUCCAACUCAAACACACCUUUAUAUAUUUCACAGUUUGCUCAAUUUUCACAUAGCAAUAAAGAUGGAAGAGGACAAGAUUAUUGCCAUGCAUAAUGUGUACAUUCCCGAUGAGACUGUCAUCGAAAUUUUGAAAAGAGUUCCUGCCAAGUCUCUAAUGCGUUUUAGGUGUGUUUCGAAAUACUUUUGUUCUCUUAUAUCAGAAUCCUCAUUCAUUGAAGCACAUCACAAAAGUUUGGUCGCACAAUUCUUCCUUCUAAAUCGCGUAGCUUUGAUUCCAAAACAUGUCAUAUAUAAUUUAUCCCAGAGAGAAGAAGAUCAAGAUUUAGCUAAUUGUCCCCUCCGGUAUUUGGAUGAGCCAUGUUUCCGUAAUCUUCGCUAUAUGCACUCUAUCAACGGCCUAGUUUGUCUAUGGAACCACAAGGGAGAUGUUGCUAUUUGCAAUCCUUUCAUAAAAGAGCAUGUCUUUCUUCCUAAAGCACCACACAUUGAAAAAGUUUCCGAUUCGACUACUUACCUCUUCGGUUUGGAUCCCACCACCAAGAAACAUAAAGUAUUGAUGGAGUAUAUGGCUCCUUAUGAAUACAGGAGCCGGGUGAAAUAUUGGAUUUUCACCAUUGGGGUGGACAAGUCGUGGAGAGAGAUAUCCGGUUGGACCGAAUUUUUCUCUAUGAAGAAUUGUGUCUGUAUCAACGGCCUCAUUUAUUGUGAAAUUUUUUUUAGACGAGACAUUGCUGUGUUCAGUAUUAUUACUGGAGAGGAAAAGUUAAUCAGAAUGAUUGCGUUGCCCUAUAGGAUAUCUAUGAAUACUUUAGAAUACAUACCAAAAAUUGUAGAAAUAAAGGGACAAGUUGCGCUACUUGUAAAUGACAAGGAUUUUCAGGUCGUUCCUAAAAUUCUUUUGUAUGUUCUCAACGGUACUAGUGAAACAGAUGUGUGGGUGAAGCAUAGAAUUGAGCUACCAUUGGAGUUAACUAAAACAUCUUUAUUUACCGCCAAUUCUAAGGGAGAGAUUGUAUCGAUUUCAGAUACUGAGACUUCACACGUUUUCUUAUAUGACAUUGGAAUCAAGAAAUGGAGAAAAGUUGAGAUACAUAGAAACUAUAAGCAAGAAUGUCGCACGGAUACGAUUAGUGUUUUGCUAAAUCUUGUGGAAAGUAUUUGGCCCUUGAGAUAA